GCGGGAAGCUCCGGGGGGUCGGGCCGGGAAGAUCCAGCCGGAGGCCGCUGGGCUCCCGGGCCCUGGCCGAGGCUGCGCGGCCGCACGGUGGGCAGGCUCCGGUGUUCUGGCAAACUGCCGGGUCCCCAUCUUCAAAAGAGAGGAGGCCCUUUCUCCAGCUUCCUCUGCGGGAGCCCAACCCAGCCCGAUCCCGCCACCCUCGGACUGCACCUCGGCCCCUCCCCGGCCCGCGCCCCUGCCCGGGGCGGGCCAGGAACCAAGGCCCGCGUCGCGGGGGACUUUGGAGCGGAGGAGGAAGCGCGGCGGGGCGGGGGCGGGGGUGUGUUGGGUUUUAUAACCCGCAGGGCGGCCGCGGCGCGGGAGAGGGGGCAGCGCCGAGCACCGCGCACCGCGUCAUGGGGGCCGCCUCGGGCCGCCGGGGGCCGGGGCCGCUGCUGCUACUGUUGCUGCUGCUGCUGCCGCCGCCGCCGCAGCCCGCCCUGGCGCUGGACCCCGGGCUGCAGCCCGGCAACUUUUCCGCCGACGAGGCCGGGGCGCAGCUCUUCGCGCAGAGCUACAACUCGAGCGCCGAACAGGUGCUGUUCCAGAGCGUGGCCGCCAGCUGGGCGCACGACACCAACAUCACCGCCGAGAACGCACGGCGCCAGGAGGAAGCAGCGCUGCUCAGCCAGGAGUUUGCCGAGGCCUGGGGCCAGAAGGCGAAGGAGCUGUAUGAACCGAUCUUGCAGAACUUCACCGACCCGGAGCUGCGCAAGAUCAUCGGAGCUGUGGGCACCCUGGGCUCUGCCAAUCUGCCCCUGGCUAAGCGGCAGCAGUACAAUGCCCUGCUAAGCAACAUGAGCAGGAUCUACUCCACCGCCAAGGUCUGCCUCCCCAACAAGACUGCCACCUGCUGGUCCCUGGACCCAGACCUCACCAACAUCCUGGCUUCCUCGCGAAGCUACGCCAUGCUCCUGUUUGCCUGGGAGGGCUGGCACAACGCCGCGGGCAUCCCGCUGAAACCGCUGUACGAGGACUUCACUGCCCUCAGCAAUGAAGCCUACAAGCAGGACGGCUUCUCAGACACGGGGGCCUACUGGCGCUCCUGGUACAACUCCCCCACUUUUGAGGACGAUCUGGAGCACCUCUAUCAACAGCUAGAGCCCCUCUACCUGAACCUCCAUGCCUUUGUCCGCCGUGCACUGCAUCGCCGAUAUGGGGACAGAUACAUCAACCUCAGGGGACCCAUCCCUGCUCAUCUGCUGGGAGACAUGUGGGCCCAGAGCUGGGAAAACAUCUACGACAUGGUGGUGCCUUUCCCAGACAAGCCCAACCUUGAUGUCACCAGUACUAUGCUGCAGCAGGGCUGGAAUGCCACGCACAUGUUCCGGGUGGCAGAGGAGUUCUUCACCUCCCUGGAGCUCUCCCCCAUGCCUCCCGAGUUCUGGGAAGGGUCGAUGCUGGAGAAGCCGGCCGACGGGCGGGAGGUGGUGUGCCACGCCUCGGCUUGGGACUUCUACAACAGGAAAGACUUCAGGAUCAAGCAAUGCACACGGGUCACGAUGGACCAGCUCUCUACAGUGCACCACGAGAUGGGCCAUAUACAGUACUACCUGCAAUACAAGGACCUGCCCGUCUCCCUGCGCGGGGGGGCCAACCCCGGCUUCCAUGAGGCCAUUGGGGACGUGCUGGCACUCUCGGUCUCCACUCCUGCACAUCUGCACAAAAUCGGCCUGCUGGACCGUGUCACCAAUGACACGGAAGGUGACAUCAAUUACUUGCUAAAGAUGGCACUGGAAAAAAUUGCCUUCCUGCCCUUUGGCUACCUGGUGGACCAGUGGCGCUGGGGGGUCUUUAAUGGGCGUACUCCCCCUUCCCACUACAACUUCGACUGGUGGUAUCUUCGAACCAAGUAUCAGGGGAUCUGUCCUCCUGUUACCCGAAACGAAACCCACUUUGAUGCUGGAGCUAAGUUUCAUGUUCCAAAUGUGACACCAUACAUCAGGUACUUUGUGAGUUUUGUCCUGCAGUUCCAGUUCCAUGAAGCCCUGUGCAAGGAGGCAGGCUAUGAGGGCCCACUGCACCAAUGUGACAUCUACCAGUCCACCAAGGCAGGGGCCAAGCUCCGGAAGGUGCUGCAGGCUGGCUCCUCCAGGCCCUGGCAGGAGGUGCUGAAGGACAUGGUCGGCUCAGAUGCCCUGGACGCCCAGCCACUGCUCAACUACUUCCAGCCGGUCACCCAGUGGCUGCAGGAGCAGAACCGGCAGAACGGCGAGGUCCUGGGCUGGCCUGAGUACCAGUGGCGCCCACCGUUGCCUGACAACUACCCGGAGGGCAUCGACCUGGUGACCGAUGAGGCUGAGGCCAGCAAGUUCGUGGAGGAAUAUGACCGGACAUCCCAGGUGGUGUGGAACGAGUAUGCCGAGGCCAACUGGAACUACAACACCAACAUUACCACAGAGACCAGCAAGAUUCUGCUGCAGAAGAACAUGCAAAUAGCCAACCAUACUCUGAAGUACGGCACCCAGGCCAGGAGGUUUGAUGUGAACCACUUCCAGAACACCACUAUCAAGCGGAUCAUAAAGAAGGUUCAGGACCUAGAACGGGCAGCGCUGCCUGCCCAGGAGCUGGAGGAGUAUAACAAGAUCCUGUUGGACAUGGAAACCACCUACAGCGUGGCCACUGUAUGCCGCACGAAUGGCAGCUGCCUGCAGCUGGAGCCAGAUCUGACGAAUGUGAUGGCCACGUCCCGGAAAUAUGAAGAACUGUUGUGGGCGUGGGAGGGCUGGCGAGACAAGGCUGGGAGAGCCAUCGUCCAGUUUUACCCAAAAUAUGUGGAACUGAUCAACCAGGCUGCCCGGCUCAAUGGCUAUGUAGAUGCCGGGGACUCGUGGAGGUCUAUGUACGAGACACCAUCCCUGGAGCAAGACCUGGAGCGGCUCUUCCAGGAGCUGCAACCGCUGUACCUGAACCUGCAUGCCUACGUGCGCCGGGCCCUGCACCGCCACUACGGGGCCCAGCACGUCAAUCUGGAGGGGCCCAUCCCUGCUCACCUGCUGGGGAACAUGUGGGCGCAGACCUGGUCCAACAUCUAUGACUUGGUGGUGCCCUUCCCUUCAGCCCCCUCGAUGGACCCCACGGAGGCCAUGCUAAAGCAGGGCUGGACGCCCCGGAGGAUGUUUAAGGAGGCUGAUGAUUUCUUCACCUCCCUGGGGCUGCUUCCCGUGCCUCCUGAGUUCUGGAACAAGUCGAUGCUGGAGAAGCCAGCCGACGGGCGAGAGGUGGUCUGCCACGCCUCGGCCUGGGACUUCUACAACGGCAAGGACUUCCGGAUCAAGCAGUGCACUACCGUGAACUUGGAGGACCUGGUGGUGGCCCACCACGAAAUGGGCCACAUCCAGUAUUUCAUGCAGUACAAAGACUUGCCUGUGGCCUUGAGGGAGGGUGCCAACCCCGGCUUCCAUGAGGCCAUUGGGGACGUGCUAGCCCUCUCAGUGUCUACGCCCAAGCACCUGCACAGUCUGAACCUGCUGAGCAGUGAGGGUGGCAGCCACGAGCACGAUAUCAACUUUCUGAUGAAGAUGGCGCUUGACAAGAUCGCCUUUAUCCCCUUCAGCUAUCUUGUUGAUCAGUGGCGCUGGAGGGUGUUUGACGGAAGCAUCACCAAGGAGAACUAUAACCAGGAGUGGUGGAGCCUCAGGCUGAAGUACCAGGGCCUCUGCCCCCCGGUGCCCAGGACUCAAGGUGACUUUGACCCAGGGGCCAAGUUCCACAUUCCUUCUAGCGUGCCUUACAUCAGGUACUUCAUCAGCUUCAUCAUCCAGUUCCAGUUCCACGAAGCACUGUGCCAGGCAGCUGGCCACACGGGCCCCCUGCACAAGUGUGACAUCUACCAGUCCAAGGAGGCAGGGCAGCGCCUGGCGACGGCCAUGAAGCUGGGCUUCAGUAGGCCGUGGCCAGAAGCCAUGCAGCUGAUCACGGGCCAGCCCAAUAUGAGCGCCUCGGCCAUCCUGAGCUACUUCAAGCCGCUGCUGGACUGGCUCCGCACAGAGAAUGAGCUGCACGGGGAGAAGCUGGGCUGGCCACAGUACAACUGGACACCGAACUCCGCUCGCUCAGAAGGGCCCCUCCCAGACAGCGGCCGCGUCAGCUUCCUGGGCCUGGACCUGGAUGCACAGCAGGCCCGCGUGGGCCAGUGGCUGCUGCUCUUCCUGGGCAUCGCCCUGCUGGUAGCCACCCUGGGCCUCAGCCAGCGGCUCUUCAGCAUCCGCCACCAAAGCCUCCGCCAGCACCCCCAGGGGCCCCAGUUCGGCUCCGAGGUGGAGCUGAGACACUCCUGAGGUGACCCGGCUGGGUCAGCCCUGCCCAAGGGCCUCCCACCAGAGACUGGGAUGGGAACACUGGUGGGCGACUGAGGACACACCCCAGCCCACCCUGCUCCUCCCGCCCUGUCCCUGUCCCCCUUCCCUCCCAGUCCUCCAGACCACCAGCCGCCCCAGCCCCUGCCCCCUUCUCCCAGUACACAGCUGCCUAACACUGAGCCCCACCUCUCCAAGUCUCUCUGUGAAUACAAUUAAAAGUCCUACCCUCCCCAGCUGAGUCUGUGUCCCUCACAGGGAAGCCAGGGAUGGGGACAGACUGCUCUCCUGCCUCCUGGCUGUCAAGUGGGUCCCGUUACUGGGUUUCUUCCUCCAUCCUCCUCCAGGAGCCGGGGAGAAUCCCGAGCUCUGCCCCACCACCUCCUGGCCCUGGCGCCUGUCUUCCCUCCAGCCCAGGCAGCCGGCCACUGUCCUGCCACCGCAGGCAGCCCCUGUCUGGCCCAAGCACUUCCCAGGAGGACUCUGGGAAGCAGGCAUCCUGGGCUGCUGGCCUCACAUUUCCACCGGCAGUGGAGCCCUUCCCUGCCCCACAAGUGGCCAGGUCCCCCCAGGGGAAGACUUCCAGCUGUUAUUGGCUGCUCCAGGGGUGAAUAACUUGGAGGGCCUGCUUCAUGGAGGUUGCCCACUGGAGGGCACACACCAGCGCAGUGCUUACCUUGGCUCCUGCCUGUACCAGCUCCAUGACCCGCAGCUCGCAUGAACAGCCUUGGCUCUCAGACAACCAUUCUAACACUGCCAGUGCAGAGGGGCCUCAAAUGCCAGAGUGUGGCAGCUGGCUGCACCUGCACAGCCACCCUGCUGGCAUCCCAGCACACACCUCUUCACUCCCCACAUUGGAGGGAGUGUCAUUUUGAGGGACAUUUUUAUGACUUUUAUGUGUAUGUUUAUGUAGAAAUUUGGAAAAUACAGAAAACUGUAAAGAAAAUAAAAGCCGUUUAUAUCAA